UCGAUCGACGCUUCCCAAUUUAAAAUCCCGCAUCAAAUCACAGACCGAUCAAGAGAGAGAAACCGCGAGAUCACAAAGCUACAGCGGAUUGAGAGAGAGAAGCAGAUCGGGCUUCGUGCAAUAAAGUCUAGACUCGGCUGCAGUAGUCGCAAUGGAUCGGAUCAGCAAAAGCAAGACGGAAGAAAAGGAUUCGCCUUCGCCCAAAAAAAGAAAAAAAAAAUCAAAACUCGAAAAAAAAUAGAAAACCGAAGCCCAGUUUCAGCCUCCGUACAGCAACCGAUCGUCAGUAUUUUUGAUGUUUCCAUAAUUUGAAUUUUUCCCCUUCGAUAAUUUUUGGAUUGAGAGUUUUUUAGCCUGUCCUUCUAAUCAUUGCCAACUGAAUCGUGAGGUGUCUUCCGUCCGCAAUCUCCUCUUCGUCGCUCUCUUGCCAUUUGUUUGAUUUUUAAUGAUUUUCGGAGUUCCGGAUUCUUUUGAGGUUUUCGUUUUCUUUUCUUUGGGUUUGGUUUUAAUUUCCACUUUCGUCAAUCGAUAGUUUUUUUUUCCCUUUUUUUUAUUUGGUUGGUUUUGUAAUUCAAGUCAUUUACCUUUUUUUUGUGUUUUGACUACGCGUGUGAGCCUAGAAAGCCUGAUGGGCUCAAUUGAUGUAGUUGUCUGCCCUUUUAAUGUGCUUUCUAUCUUUUUUUUGUUAAUUGUUGUGAAUCUUCUUAAGGAGAGGUCGGUCUAGGGUUUGUUUCCGCAAUUUUCCUACUUUACUCUUUUCCCAUCCCCUUCACUCACCUCAUCUGGGCGGCGGUUUCCGUGUACGGGGAGCUAUUGUGGUGGAUUUCCUAGUGCUGUUCGGUGAUUUCCAUUGUUUCUCCCAUAACAAUCGUCGAUUCGUCGCCGUUUCGUCAUCUUGUUGAUGUGGUUGCUGUGAAAAUGUUAGCUGAUUUUGCGGUUUGAUGAGAGUGAAGACUGAAGGGAUGAUAUAGCACUCUGUGCUUCCUCUGACAAUGUCUCAUUUACAAGGUCUCGUGAAACAACACUGCACGCUCCUCGCCGUUUUAUGCGGGAAAGUUGCAGGUAGGCAGAAGGCGGAGACCAGGCGUAGGGCUACUUAUCCCUUUCCAGAGCUUGUUUCGGCUGGCCGCUUGGAGGUUCAUACACUAACUAACCCUACAUUUGAUAGCUUUCGGGCAACUCAGAGAGCUUUGGAACCCAGUAUAUUGUACUUUCAAGGGGAGCAGCUUGAAAAUGAGGAAGAGAUUGGCUCGAUGGUCUGGGAAACUGCUGACGUUUCAGAACCCCAGACCCUCUGUUCACUUCUCUCUCCUCCUUUACCUACUAUUGUCUAUUUGGAGGCCCCAAACAGUGAAAAGGUUGCACAGGCAAUUCACUCUAAGGGGGUUCCAUAUGUGAUAUAUUGGAAGAAUGCAUUUUCAUCAUACGCAGCUUCUAAUUUUCGCCAAGCACUUUUUUCAGUUGUACAAAGUUCGUGUAGCCAUAUAUGGGAUGCUUUUCAACUUGCAAAUGCUUCAUUCCGGCUUUAUUGUCUUAGAAACAACUAUGCGUUUCCUGAUAACAACCAAAAAGGAAGUAGCAAGCCUGGGCCACGUCUUUUGGGGGAUGCUCCAAAGAUUGAUGUUGCUCCUCCUGAAAGAGAAGUGAUUGAAAAUGAAAGCCCAUCAGAUGCUUUUCCAUCCCUUAAAAUAUAUGAUGAACAUAUAGACAUGAGGUUUCUCAUCUGUGGAGUGCCGUGCGCAUUGGAUGCAUUCUUGUUGGGUUCACUAGAAGAUGGCCUCAAUGCACUCCUAAAUAUUGAAAUUCGUGGGAGUAAACUACACAACCGAGUCAGUGCAACACCACCACCUCUCCAGGCUGGAACAUUUACUCGUGGGGUUGUGACGAUGCGUUGUGAUCUCACUACUUGCAGUUCUGCUCACAUCUCCCUUCUUGUAUCUGGGAGCGCGCAGACUUGUUUCGAUGAUCAGCUUCUGGAAAGUCACGUUAAGAAUGAGCUCGUUGAAAAAAGUCAGCUAGUUCAUGCUCCGCCAAAUGGUGAUGAUGGCAAAUUACCGUUACCUGAUUCAUUGAGUUUUGGCUCAGUAGCGUGUGGAGCAUCUGUAUUUGAAGUACGCAUGAAGGUCCCAACAUGGGCUGCUCAGGUUCUAAAGCAUCUUGCACCUGAGAUUUCCUAUCGCAGCCUUGUUCCUCUUGGAAUUGCUAGUGUUCAAGGUACUCCAGUGGCUUCCUUUGAGAAAGAAGAUGCAGAUCGUCUUCUUUUCUUCUGUACAAGACAAGGGAAGGAGUCAUCUAUAGAAGAGGUUUUCCUUAACCAUAUGCCACGAUGGUGUUCCUUUCUUAUCAGUGAGAGGUCCAGGCUUACUCCAGAAUCAAAAUCUAUCCACCCUGUAAAAUUAGUAGGGCCAAAUGGAAUUAUCUAUAAGAAAAUUGAUAGGAAUCAUAUUGAUAAAAGAUCAGCAGAGAGGAUUAACACAUCCUUAUCGCAUCCAAAGAAGAGGUUGAAGAUUGCUGCAAUGAAGCCAAUUCCUCACUUAAGACAGCACAAGAUGCUUCCUUUCUCAGUAGUACCUGAGACUGAUCCCCCCGAUGGAAGUCAAAUGAAGCUUAACCCAUCGAUUGUCCCUUCUACAAAACCUAACGCUGUGCCUGCGGCUCCCUCAAGUCAGAGAAAAUCAAUGUCAAGUUCUUUCCAUACUCAGCAGAUUGUUCCUCUAAAUCCGCUCCCUUUGAAGAAGCAUGGUUGUAAUCGGGCUCCUAUCCAAGUUUGCCCUGAAGAAGAGUUCUUGAAGGAUGUGAUGCAGUUCUUGGUUCUUCGAGGACACAGCAGACUUGUUCCCCAAGGUGGUUUGUCUGAGUUCCCUGAUGCCAUUCUUAAUGCAAAGCGGCUUGAUCUCUACAAUUUGUAUAGAGAGGUGGUGUCAAGAGGAGGUUUUUAUGUUGGGAAUGGCAUAAAUUGGAAGGGUCAAGUCUUCUCGAAGAUGCGCAAUCACACAUUGACCAAUAGAAUGACAGGCGUUGGGAAUACACUUAAAAGGCAUUACGAGACAUACUUGUUGGAAUAUGAAUUAGCACAUGAUGAUGUUGAUGGAGAGUGUUGCUUGUUAUGUCAUAGUAGCGCUCCUGGCGAUUGGGUUAACUGUGGAUUGUGUGGUGAGUGGGCUCACUUUGGAUGUGAUAGACGGCAAGGUCUCGGUACUUUCAAGGAUUAUGCAAAAACUGAUGGUUUGGAAUACAUAUGUCCACAUUGUAGUCUAACGAAUUACAGCAACAAGACUAAACCAACAAAAUUGGCCAAUGGAUAUUCUAACGCAGCUGUGUCGCGACACAUGUAAUUUUUUAUCUUCUUUCUUUCUUUUAUAUAUUUCUCCUUCGAUAAAGAGCCCCAGAUUCAAUAAGGGCUGAUUUGUUAUAGUCGUUCAUGUCUAUUUAGUGCUAGCUUAGUCUUAAGCCAACAAUUCUAUGUACCUGUCAGUAAAUUCUAGGAAAUUAAGAAAAUGAUCUAAGUAAAAAUUGUUUGCUCUUUUGAUGUUCCCACCAAAUGAAAGGACUUUCAUA